ACGAAAAAAACUUGUUUUCAAACGUUUGUUGUGUUUUUAUUUUAUUUGAGUGUAGAGAUAUAUACUUUUCACUUUAAAAAGUUAAUUUAUUUAAUUAAGUGAUGCAAAACAGUCUCGGUACAAUUUCAAGGUUUUGUCGAUUAUAUUUAGCGCGUAAACAAAAUUUCGCAAGAGCGUUUAGCAUAAACAUCGCAAACCGCAUGUCGCUUGUGAAUCAAACAGUUAAAAACUCAACACUCCAUUCAACAUCAUUACGAGAAAAUUUGAAAGUUCUUGGUGUACCCCCCAAAAUGCGCAGCGAACCAGCCCUCAAGAAAAUAGAUUCACCUGAAUUCCACAGUAUUUUCACAGAUGAACUGCAAGCGCUGAUUGACAUCUUUGAACGCUAUAAUUAUGAACUACGUAUAGCAGGAGGUGCUGUUCGCGAUAUUUUAAUGGGCAUUAAACCAAAAGAUAUCGAUUUAGCAACUACUGCUACUCCGGAUCAAAUGAAAGAAAUGUUCAAUAAAGAAGAAGUACGCUUAAUUAACGCAAAAGGCGAGAAACAUGGUACGAUAACUCCUCGCAUACACAAUAAGGAAAAUUUUGAGGUGACCACAUUACGUAUCGAUGUACGCACUGACGGUCGCCAUGCAGAAGUACAAUUUACAACUGAUUGGCAAUUGGAUGCAAAUAGGCGAGAUCUUACCAUAAACUCAAUGUUUCUUGGUUUUGAUGGCACACUCUAUGACUAUUUUUAUGGCUAUGAAGAUUUAAUGCAACGACGUGUUGUGUUUGUGGGCGAGGCCGAUGUACGUAUCAAAGAAGAUUAUUUGCGCAUCUUAAGGUACUUUCGUUUUUAUGGUCGCAUUGCAAAAGAGCCCUCCAAGCAUGACGUAGAAACCCUGAAAGCAAUACGAGAAAAUGCCGAAGGAUUAGCUCGCAUUAGUGGGGAACGUAUAUGGGCAGAAUUGCAAAAAAUUGUGGUUGGAAAUUUCGGUUGCGAGUUAGUACAAGAAAUAAUUUCUUGUGGUUUAGGGUCUCACUGUGGCCUACCAGUGGAUGCUAAUAUUGAUGAAUUUAAAAGAUUAUGUGCUGGUUUGGAGAACUUUUUAAAACCCCAGACGCCAAUAUCUUACCUAAUUGCAUUGCUUCACACGACAGAAGAAGCGAUGAGCUUACACCAACGUCUGAAAUUGUCUGCGUUUGAACGCGAUUUAGCACUUUUUAUCACACAGAAUCGAAAAAAGGUCGGAGUGGAGUUCUGCAAAUUACGAGAUUAUCAAAGGCUUUGUCUGCAACCUAACGCUAGACGUGAAUUUGUUGAGGAGCUUCUAAAAUAUUCAAAUGAAGUGGAACUUUAUAAUGAAUUGAAGGCAUGGCAAAUGCCACGUUUUCCACUAACUGGUAGCAUUUUGAAGGAACACGGUUUAACUGCAGAUAAACGUAUGGGUGUAAUCAUGACACGCCUUCGUUCUAUUUGGAUCGAUAGCGAUUUUUCAAUAACUGGUGAAGAGCUUUUGACGAAUCAUCUGGCAGAAGUGAUAGAAAGCUUGAAGACACCGCCCGGUACGCCAAACAAAAAACGGAAGUCAGAAUGAUGAUAUCAUCAUUGUUGUUUAAAAUAUAUUUUGGUAAUUUUUAUGCGCUUUAACUUUCAAAUUAUAAAUUAUUGAAAUAUUUGUACCACAUUUUCUUCUUAAAUAUACAGUUAUGUUCGUACAUGCUGAAGGUCGAUAAAAUCGAAACUAAAAAUA